CUGUGCCGAAGCGGCGCGGGCCGCGCCGACCCACUUCCGGCGACGGCGGCGGCGGCGGCGCAAGGGUGCUAAGUCCUAGGGUCCGGCGGGUGGUUGGGCACGAUGCCGUAUGCCAACCAGCCCACCGUCCGGAUCACGGAGCUCACCGACGAGAAUGUCAAGUUCAUCAUCGAGAACACGGACCUGGCGGUGGCCAACUCCAUUCGGAGGGUCUUCAUCGCCGAGGUGCCCAUAAUAGCCAUUGACUGGGUUCAAAUUGAUGCCAAUUCUUCAGUCCUUCAUGAUGAGUUCAUCGCUCACAGGCUCGGACUAAUCCCCCUCACAAGUGAUGACAUUGUGGACAAGCUGCAAUACUCCCGGGACUGCACGUGCGAAGAGUUCUGCCCCGAGUGCUCAGUGGAGUUCACUCUUGACGUGCGGUGCAACGAAGAUCAGACUCGUCACGUCACGUCUCGAGACCUCAUCUCCAACAGCCCCCGGGUCAUUCCAGUGACCUCCCGGAACCGAGAUAAUGACCCCAAUGACUACGUGGAGCAGGACGACAUCCUCAUCGUCAAGCUGAGGAAGGGCCAGGAGCUGAGACUUCGAGCCUAUGCCAAAAAGGGCUUUGGCAAGGAGCAUGCCAAGUGGAACCCUACCGCAGGGGUGGCUUUUGAAUAUGAUCCUGACAAUGCCCUGAGGCACACAGUGUACCCCAAGCCUGAGGAAUGGCCAAAGAGCGAGUACUCAGAGCUGGACGAAGAUGAGUCACAGGCUCCCUACGACCCCAACGGCAAGCCAGAGAGGUUUUACUACAACGUCGAGUCCUGUGGCUCUCUGCGCCCUGAGACCAUUGUCCUGUCAGCCCUCUCUGGAUUGAAGAAGAAGCUGAGUGAUUUACAGACCCAGUUAAGCCACGAGAUCCAGAGUGAUGUCCUAACCAUAAACUAGCACAGCUCACCUGUUUGAACAAAAAAGGGGGGGAUCUGGGCCAGCAGCUGGAUUUGUUUCUCCAGAGCCUCUUCUAGCUACUGGGAUAUGGACAGCUGUUGGCUCGGGCUUCUUGGCAAACCGUCAGUACCCACUAGAAAGGGAGCCGUAUGGAAGAGGCAGCCUAUCCCAGCUUUGCUCAGAUUGCCAGGCAUGCCACUGGCAUUUGAGGCAGGACAGUUUUUUACUAGACAUCUCACGUCCCUGGCUCUGCCCACUCAUUGGCAGUGGCAUUCCCCAGGACAUCCCUUCCAACGUGUUUUCUUAUGUGCCUUUGGGGGAGUCUGUUGAGAACCACUGAGCUGGACUUUCUUCUGUUGGUCAUUUCAGGUCUUCAAACCCUUUCUGUCCAACAGUUGGAGGUUUCACAGUUGUACCUUGGACUUCCGGUGUUAGGAUUGAGUGUUAGAACCCUCAUUCAAGUUGCCUACAACCCGUUCCAGUCCCUGCCCAGAGCCAGGCUGCUGGCACUUUGCUCAAAUCUCCAAGUGUCCCUAAUUUGAGAACCCUUAGAGAAGAGUGUUAGAGCCUGGCUGCCUCCCUGCGGCAGGUAAACCCUGUAUUUCAUUCUCUACCAUUAGUUAUGAACUUCACUGCCAGUAGCCUGAUUAUUUAAGUUUGGGUGCUGGGGGGCAAGGGCCUUAAUGAAGGGAAGGUCUGGCCUUGACCCCUUACCCCUUAGGGUAGAAUCAUGCCCAAAGUAAUUAGGCAGCCUGGCAGGAGAAGCCUGGAGAAAACCAGAGAUUCAGUACAGAAAGGAAGGGAUAUUUAUUGAUUCAGGAGUUGUCUUUUUAAAAGUUUUUAUUCUUGGCAAUAAAGAGCACAACAUAAUCUC